AUGCGCUUCACUAUCGCUCUCUUCGCCGCUCUUCCCCUUCUCGUCGCCGCGAGCGCCGUACCUCGUGCGCCGGGUGGUCAGAAGUGCCGUGCGGAGUCGGUCCAGUGCUGCAACACGACUUACAGCCACAAGGACUACUCGCACGUCGAAUACCUCCAGGGUCUCGGUAUCAGCCCUGAGGUCCUGGCCAACCCCGACGCUAGCAGUUACGCUGACUGCACCCCAUUGUCCGUCGUGGGCGGCCACGGCUGUCAGGCGUCGUCUACUGCCGUCUGUUGCGAGAACAACUACCAGCGCGGCGCUGUCAACAUGGGAUGCGUGCCCAUUAGCAUGGCUGCUUAA